CGAGCAAAUCCUGUGCCAGCCAGAACUUUGGAGCUAGUAGGUCUGCAGAGGGGGAACAUCAAAGCGACACAGUUGAGGGAGUUUCUGGGGAAGAAGAACACACCGAGAUGGACGAAGUGGCGCAGAAACUCACUGAAACGGGGCUGAGUUCACAGUACUGGCUGCCCAAGCUACAAGCUAAACUUGGGGUGACCAGUCUCCAGGCGUUGGAACACCUGAGCUAUGACGACUUCCUCCAGCUGGAGAGCGAGGCACGGUACCCGUGGGAAAAGCCGGCCUUAAAAAAGCUAUGUAACCUCGCCGACAGCAAGAGCGUGAGGAAGCAGCUGCAGGAGGAGCGCAUGGAGGUGGGAGGCGAGGGGCAGGAGCGGGCUAAGUUGACGCAGUGGGAGCUAAAAGCGAUGCAGAAGAAAGGCAGAAGUGGCUGCGAGGAAGUUGUAAAGAAGAAAGAGGAAGCACGGCAGGAAGCGAUGGACAUAACCCCAGAGGACUGGUCUCCCUCUCCGAGAACUUCCAACGAGAAUGUGCACAAGGAAUUAAGCCUCUCGAGGAGUCUCCCUGCCGAGGAAGUUGUGAGACGGGCGUCGGGGGGGCUGGCCCUGCAGGGCAUUUACAAAACCAAGCAGCUUGCCGAGAUGGUGGAGAAGCGCGAGCAGCUCCUAGAGCUCCCAGACGGGUUGGAGCUCCUUGGCCCAGAGCAAGGGCCCUUGUCUGAGACGAAGGAGUUUUCAUCGGACGCAGCAGAGUCCAUGUUCACACGGACCAUGGAAACACUGGGCUACAGCCUGAGCCUCGCGGCCACAGGUGGGUUUGGGGGGUUUAGUGCGGAAACCAGCUCAGAUUGCAGCAAAUCUGAAAGCACACCCAAGUCCUGCUCUGAAUCCACCUACAUUUGUAUCACUCAGUACAACCACUGCCCACUGGCCUCCUGCUACUUCCCCAAGGACCGGCUCCGACUUUCCAGCGCCGCGCUGCAGGAGUUAAAAGAGUUUGAGCGACGUUUGAGUGACACCCCAGAGCCCGACAAGUUCCCUGUGCUGAAGAGCCUGGGCAGGCGAUUCUUCAACCAAUUCGGGUCUCACGUAACCCAGGGCCCCCUUCACUUGGGCGGGAUAUUCUGGUGGAAAGCGGCGUCACAGGGAUUCCGGGCAGAGCAACUGAAGGAGGUGAAGAAACGCACAUCGGAGGCGCUUGGCUCUUACGUCUGGGGCAGCCGUGGUGGCUUUGGCUGCGGUGCUGCAGGAAGCGUUGAUGUAUCAACACCAGAUGCCAAAACAUCCCUUCAGGGCACUGACACAAAACCCUUCCAACCAGAGAUCCAGCUGUCCAUGGCCAAGACGGGCGGCCCAGCAGGAGUGGAGUCACUUGUGGCAUGGAAAGAGAGCCUGCUGGCCAGUAACAAGACCUGGUCUGUGAUUGACAGAGGCUCUCAGCUGACUCCAGUGUGGGACAUAAUCCUGGCCAAUCACAGACAAGAUUUUAAAGAUGUUUAUCAAAUGGGCAGUGGCCUCACGAGGGCCUAUGAAGCCCUAACAAACCUAAGUGUCAGCCCAUUGGCCGGGGAGGGAACCGUCAAUGCAGCGGAUGAGGCCAGAUCCUUCCUAGAGGAGGUGAAGACCUGGGAAGUCACGGGGGAGGAGGGGCAGCUGGUGACGCUGCUCAAGUUCAAAGAGCAGCUAAUGGAAAAAACAAACCACGACAGGACCUGGAUCGACAUCUGCCUGUCGGACCGAGGGCUGCAGGAUUUCCUGGCAAACACAGUUCUCCGGUGCAAAGAUUUACCCGCGCAAGAGACAAUGCCCACCAAGUCUCUGCUGCGCUGCCUUCUGGACCCUCACGUCUAUUCGGUUAAGAACUUCCCCCAGUCUUCCUCCAUCAUGCAGUGGCUCUUCCAUGCUGAAGAGAAGCCGGAAAAAGCUCCCCCUGUUUCUGAAUGGGCUGAUUUUAUUCAAGUCCUUCAGAAAACAAAGAAUUCCAUACGGGCCGUUACCUCCACGCCUGCGUCCUCCCCAGCGGCCGUGAAGGAAGCAAAGGCGAAGGCCAGUGUGAGUGUGAGCUUAGCUUUGGGUUCCCUCCGGAAGGCUCUACAGGACCACGAGCAGACAGACAUCGAGCUGUUAUUGCUCUCCGUUGCCACCAGCACAGGCUACUGUGUGGACAGCAACACUUUUCCGUAUCUCCUCGGGUGCCCACAAAUUAACUUCAUGUCAAAGGAAAUGCAACGAGCACACAAGAGGUAUUUGACGCUUAAACCUCAGAAUGUUUGCCAGGCUCAGGCUUUCCUGCUGUUGACUGGCCUGACAGUGACGCCCACAGAAUCCAAAGACGUGUCCCCCGAAGAGAAGAGCAAGCGUUUGACUUUUAUGAAACAUCACAUGGGCAACUCCCUGUCCGCGGAUGUUAUAACCCUCCUUAAAAAUCACAAUGAACAUAACGACUGGAAAGCUUUAGAAACUAACUUGAAUUCCCUUAUACAAGGGGUCUGUGAAGACACAAAUGCCAAUCUGCAGGCACAGGAGAAGACAAAAGAAGCAAACAAUAUUGGUCAAAGAACUAAACCAGUAGAGUUACCAAAAUCAGAACCCGAAGAAAUGCAGUCCACUAAGACACAUGGUUCUGGUGAAACCCAGGAGUUUCUAAGUUUGAUCCAGCGCCUUGGACUUGAAAACUACUAUCCAAGGAAAAUGGCAAAAGCUGAUUUCCAUGUAAUCAACCAGAUUUCUUUUCAGGAGAACCAGCCUUGCACGGAGAGAGAGCUUCCGCUUUAUUUUUUGCAAAAAUUGUUGAUGCUGGACUAUAGAGCAAGGAGUCUGGUUUGCAAGGACGACAGCAAAACCAAAGAAGGUUCAAAUACACUGAACCCCACAGUCAGCGCGAACAAAUCUUUAGAUAUUCUGGAUGAUCUUUUUAAUAGUGGCAGUGAAGAAGUUAGUGAAUCUGCCACAAGCCAGACACGUGUGCACCCAAUGGACGUCCAGAUGGCAAUUUUUCACUGUGCAGACGACUUCAUGAGACAAUACCUUUCCACAAAACUCGCUUUAUGCCAGUUUGCUCUCCCACUUCUGGUGCCAAAUCCUUGUACCUCUCAAAUAGAAUUCCCACUGUGGUCCUUUUGCCAGGUUAAGAAGAACUGGACGAGUCAUGAGAAACACAAUGAGGUGACUCAGGUUAAGAAAUGCAAAGACAAAUGGGUGUAUCAAGCAAGGACACCAGUGGUGUCUUUCAUAAGACUGGGAAUAUCUUCAUCUUCUAAGUCUCAGCUCUUAAAUACAUUACUGAGCAAGCAAAAGUAUAACAUUUUUUUUCACCGUCACUGCAGAGGCAGCAUCAGAGGAGGCCUCUUGAUGAAAGGUGUCAUAGAAAUCACCUGGUACUGUCCAGGCGGGAAGGAUGAUGACAGAUUUGACAACUGCAUCGCGUUCACCAAUCUUCAUGGAGAUGCACGAGAACAUGUGCAGCAAGUCAAAUUUUUACUGGCGAUCGCUUCUGUCAAUGUAGUUCUUUUGUCAGACACUGACCAGAAUGAAACAGGCAAGAAACUUCUGCAAGAAUUGCUGAAGUCUCCCAAACCUUUCAUCUUCCUGUGUGUUGACAAAGAGAGAAUCUCAGCAAACAGACAAGAAAACCGAGUAAAAAUUGCUGUCAAGAACCGUAAUGAGGCCGAAUUAAUAGACGAGCUGACGGACAGAAUUAAACAUGCUCUAGCAAUGUCAAAUACCAAUUACAGUCUUAACACAUGUGCUGAGAUUGCUCGCCAUCAUGGAUUCCUCGUUGAUGAAGAUAACCUGGAAUGCAGGGAAGGAAAGUCACUGGCACAGAGAGUAAUAAGCAGUUUGAAGGCAAAAAAGUUAGUAGAGGCCAAGGACAAAUUCUUGCCUCUCCAAGGAGAAUUAUGGCACAACUGGUGUAAAAAGGACAAAGAACUCACCCGUUUGCAUGAGAGUGAAAACAUGGGCAUUGAACAGCACAAAAGCCAAACCGAAUCAGAAAAACGAAAGCUACGGCGUAAACAGUUCAGGACAGCAUUUCCCCUCAACAAAUUAAUGAGGUCAAUGCUCGACAAUCUCAGGAUAAAGUCAGAGACAACUAAAAUGUACUUCUUGCAGUGGCUGAAAAUAUUUAUGGAUGACUUGUCUUCUGACCACCUUGCCGAACUACACCAACAAUACCACAAGUUGUGGUCACAAAUGCUGGAAAAAAGAAACUCAAGAGGUAAUGAAUUGGAAACAAAAUUGGAAAAACUAUCUAAUGAGAUCAAUGGAUCUUCCUUGGGCCUUGAACACAUGCUGAGAGAAGUGGGUCAGAUUUAUGAAACACUGGACGCAGUGAACCAAAAGGACAAAGAUUUUGCCACUCUGCCCCAAAUUGCAGCCGAGCUGAUGAUUUCAGGGCAUCCCAUUGAGCUAAUGGACGGCGAUGCUUCGUAUGUGCCACUGAAAUGGAUCGGAGCCAUCUUUGACAAAUUGACUGAGAAGUUGGGUGACCAAAAAGUCUUUGUCCUUUCAGUGCUGGGCAUCCAGAGCACUGGGAAGUCAACCUUACUCAACACCAUGUUUGGUCUCCAGUUCAACGUCAGUGCUGGGAGGUGCACCAGGGGGGCUUUUAUGCACCUCCUGAAGGUGGAGGAAGAAUUCAGACAGAAGCUGAACUUUGACUUUAUGUUGAUUAUUGAUACAGAAGGUCUCCGGGCUAUAGAGCUAGCAAGCCGAGCGACUCUUGAUCAUGAUAAUAUGCUAGCCACUUUUGUCAUUGGUGUUGGCAACAUGACAGUGAUCAAUAUCUUUGGCGAGAACCCUUCGGAAAUGCAAGAUAUCCUGCAGAUUGCUGUCCAGGCAUUUCUGAGGAUGAAGCAGGUCAAACUCUCCCCAAGUUGCUUGUUUGUGCACCAGAAUGUUGGCGAAAUAACGGCAAAGGAAAAAAAUAUGGAAGGGCGAAGACGUCUCAAGCAAAAAUUAGAUGAAAUGGCCGUUACUGCAGCCCAGCAAGAGUUCUGUGAGGUCAGCUGCUUUAGUGACGUUAUCCGAUUUGAUGUCAACACCCACAUCCAUUACUUUGCUCACCUCUGGGAAGGGGACCCACCGAUGGCACCGCCCAACCCCAGCUAUAGCCAAAACGUGCAGGAACUAAAGAGAAAGAUUCUCAUGACUGCCAAAGAGAACGCCCAGGGCAGUGUGUUGAGUAUGUUGGAACUGAAAAUCCGCAUUCAGGACUUGUGGAAGGGUUUGGUAAAUGAAAAUUUUGUUUUCAGUUUUAAGAACACGCUGGAGAUUGCAGCCUACCACCGGCUGGAAGUAGAGUAUAGUAAGUGGACCUGGGCGUUAAGAAGCCACAUGCUUGAUUUGCAGAACAAGCUCAGCAAUCGAAUUAGAAAUGAAGAACUUUCCAGGAUAGACAGUGGAUUUCUUGAGAAGCCAAUUGAUGAAAAAUACACGGAGGUCACAAAGGACCUGGAAAAAUACUUUAGUGAAGAUAAAGACAGCAAGAUAUUGAUUCAAUGGAAAACAAAUUUUGAAAUCCGACUGAAACUAUUUAAACAAGAGCUGGUUGACAAAGCUAAUCGAAAAAGCCAAGAGCUUAUUUGUCUAAAAAAUCACCAAAGCGGUUUAGAAAGAAAGAGGUCAAUGUAUAAAGAUGACAUGCUUAGAAGAAGCAAGGAGUUAGCUCUAAAAUAUAGAGACAAGAAGCUAAGCGAACAUGAACUUAAAAAUAACUUUCUGUGUACAUGGAAGAACUGGGUGGAAGAGGUAUGUUCUACUGUCCCAAUGGCUGAGGAACCUGCUUUUGGUACUGAUGUGGAGAAGUUCCUAACUAGUUAUUUUUCAUCCGCAAAGGAUUUACUAAAGAGGAUUGAAAAAUUCUCGAAAUGUGACACUUUUCAUAUUGAGCCUACUCAUCUUAUCAGAAAGAAAAAAAGCAUUUGGCAACUGAAGGCAUCGAAUGAAGAAAUUGAUAAGCCGACAUUAAAUACAUUGAAUGGGGUAACUCAGACUAUAACAAAGCUAAUAAAUCAAUACAUAGAGGAAAAGCAACCAGAGAUAAUGAAUUACAGCUCCAGUUACUUUCAUGAGAUUGUGAAUAAAGUAAAUCAAGCUAUAGACGUUGAGCCUAAGGAUGAAAAUUUUACUAUAACACCUGACUACAGAACAGAUGUCUCCUUAUAUCUCUGCCAAAUGGCAGCGAAGAGGUUUAAAGAGAUGUACAAAGAAUUCCAGGUAACCAAUCACCCACAGAGGUAUCUUGAACACGAGAGAGAAGAUUUCUUCAAUUGUUUUAAGAUUGCCUGCCAGGGAGCAACAUCCACCACGACGUUUGCUAGUUUCUUAUGCAACAAGCUGAUUGAAGCGCUCCGCUGUGCAACGUAUGACAAAACGGCCAUUGACGUAGCGGGUGAAAUGAGGUCGAACCACCCAGCCUUCAAUGGCAACAGAGCCAAACUAGAAACCCACAUUCUAAAGUCUCUUGCCGAAGAGGAGAACUUUGAGAAGUAUAAGGAAUACAUUCAGUGUCCCCGAGACUUUUUUGAAAAUUUUAUGAAACAGAGUGUGGCUAAUUAUUUAGAUAAAGAAAAAGCUAAACUUUUACAUUUCUUAAACAGUCGUCUUCGUGUUUUCUGCACUUCCAUGCAUACAGCUAUCAGUGAGGCGACGCAAGUUGUGAGAGACAAAAAUGGCAGUGCUUCCUUAUGGUUGGAUGAAUUUUGCAAAAGCCUUCAAGGUGACUUACAUUUUCCCCGAAAGGAGCUAAAAAGCAUUGAACACCAGGAGAUAAAAGACAUAGAGUUUCUUAAAAAAAGUAUGGUUGAGGCCUUGAAUUCUGUAGAAGAACAUCUGAAACAGGACUUUGCCACAAAUGUAGAACUAUUUAAAUCGAAACCUCAUGAGAUCCUGUUUGAGCAGCUCUGUGGAUGCUGGGAGACAUGUCCAUUUUGCAAGGCUGUUUGCACAAACACACUUCCUGGCCACGAUGGAGACCACAGUGUUGCCUUCCAUCGUCCUCAAGCUGUGACCGGCAUCCAAUGGCACAAAACAAACCAUCUCAUUAUCGACAUCUGCUCCAGUCUGGUAGCUAGUGACUGCCGUUUGGUACUUAGCGGGGAAAGGAAAAUUCCAUACAAGAAUUAUCGACAAGCCGGUCCGGCGCAUGCCAAAUGGAGCAUCACCCCAGACAACUCAGCACAGUCUUACUGGAAAUGGUUUGUGUGCCAUUUCCGCUCUCAGAUAGAAGAAGAAUAUUCCGGAAAAUUUGAGGGGAAAGGACAAAUCCCCUCUUCCUGGGAAGAAUUUACAAAGGAGAUCGUCCUCUCUGACCUGGACGAGCUCUAGUCUUUUAUUCACCGACAGGCUGAGCAAGGUUGAUGGUUUUCCCUAUCAUCUGCUGCAGGGUAUUUUCAAAUAUGGCGGUUGUUGGUUUUGCUAUUAGUUUUGC